UGCCUGCCCGCUGUCCACUUCCUGAAGCCGAGUAGUGGAGGGGUAUCGAGAGACUGGGAAGACUUAACAACACCAAUUAACUCCAUUAUACAAUGAAACUGACAUCAAUCAUACCCGCUCUUGAUCUCCACUACUUCACGAUAUUACUGGUGGCAGGCCUCUGUAGUCCUGUGUGGGGAGAGAUAACAAGUCUGGAUGCAGGAAACAUCGACGACAUACUCAAUAAUGCUGGAGUGUCGCUCGUUAACUUUUAUGCGGACUGGUGCCGUUUCAGUCAGAUGCUGCAUCCUAUCUUCGAAGAGGCGUCAAACGUAAUAAGGGAGGAGUAUCCGGAUAGCCGAGAUGUUGUGUUUGCUCGAGUAGACUGCGAUCAGCAUUCGGACAUUGCGCAGCGCUAUCGCAUCAGCAAGUACCCGACGCUGAAACUGUUCCGGAAUGGCAUGAUGAUGAAGCGGGAGUACCGGGGUCAAAGGUCGGUGGUUGCCAUUGCCGACUUCAUCCGGCAGCAGAAGGUCCAGCACAUUGUGGAGAUGAAGAGCCUGGAGGAACUCACCACCGUCGACAGGAGUAAACGCAACAUCAUCGGCUACUUUGAGCAGAAAGACUCGGACAACUACAGGACCUUCGAGAAGGUUGCCAACAUCCUGAGGGACGACUGCGUGUUCAUGGCUGCUUUUGGGGAGGUGUCAAAGCCUGAGCGUUUCAGUGGUGACAACGUGAUCUACAAGCCUCUGGGUGAGAACGUGCCCGACAUGGUCUUCCUGGGCUCGCUCCUCAACUUCGACCUGACGUACGCCUGGGCCCAGGACAAGUGCGUCCCGCUGGUCCGAGAGAUCACCUUUGAGAACGGAGAGGAGCUGACGGAGGAGGGCAUCCCAUUUUUGAUCCUGUUCCACUUGAAGGAGGACACACAGAGCCUGGAGAAGUUUCAGCACGAGGUUGCCAGGCAACUCAUCAGCGAGAAGGGCUCCAUUAACUUCCUGCAUGCUGACUGCGACAAGUUCCGCCAUCCUCUGCUGCACAUCCAGAAGACGCCAGCUGACUGCCCGGUCAUCGCCCUCGACAGCUUUAGACACAUGUAUGUCUUCCCAGAGUUCAGCGACCUCAAUGUUCCGGGAAAGCUGAAACAAUUUGUGCUGGACCUCCACUCAGGGAAGUUACAUAGAGAGUUCCACCACGGGCCGGAUCCCACAGAAAGCACGCCAGGCCAGGAGGAGAACAGGGAGGUGGCCAGCAAUCCCCCAGAUAGCUCCUUCCAGAAGCUGGCUCCCAGCGAAACGCGUUACACGCUCCUGAGGGACCGCGACGAGCUGUAACCCCCCACCCCCCCAAAAAAAGCCCCUGAAACAACCUACAGUACAAAGAUACCCCCCCUCUACACACACACACACACACACACACACACACACACACACACACACACACACACACACACACACACACACACACACACACACACACACACACACACACACACACACACACAGAGCAAUACAAUACAAUACAAAUACCAUUCGUACUCGCACAAAUACAACCCAAGACCCCAGAGCAGGCAGCCCUAUGCCCCUGUGACUUGGCCCCGCCCACUAAGGCACACGAGGGCGGGGCCUCCAUCACUCUGUUUUACUGUGGACGAACACAAAAGAGGAAGAAGUCUGGAAUGGCGAGCGAGCGAGGGAGGGAGAGAGAGAAGACAUUAGAAGUAUAAAAAAAAACGAAAGAAACAAAAAAAAACAAAUAGAGCAUUUUUUUUUAUUUUUGAAGCGUGUAAAUAUGUUUGUGCUCUGUUGGUCAAUCGUGUCUAAAUUAAAUACUUUUUUUCUGUUUUGCUUCCCCCCCUCCC